CGGCGACGACCAGAAGGGGCCCGAGAGAGGGGGCGAGCGACCGAGCGCCGCGACGCGGGAGUGAGGUGCUUGCGGGCUGCAGCGCAGACCCCGGCCCGGCCCCUCCGAGAGCGUCCUGAGCGCUCCCUCACGCCUUCCCUUCAAACCUUCUGCCUUUUUCUCCAUCCUCGUGAGCGGAGAACUGGGAGUGGCCAUUCGACGACAGGUUAGCGGGUUUGCCUCCCACGCCCCCAGCCUCCCGUCGCCGGCUCACAGCGGCCUCCUCUGGGGAUCGUCCCCCUCCCGGUGCCGCCUCCGCCCUUCCUGUGCGCUCCUUUUCCUCCUUCUUCCCUAUUAAAUAUUAUUUGGGAAUUGUUUAAUUUUUUUUUUUAAAAAAAAGAGAGGUGGGGAGGAAUCGGAGUUGUGGAGAAGCAGAGGGACACAGUGUGGUGUAAAGGAAUUCAUUAGCCAUGGAUGUAUUCAUGAAAGGACUUUCAAAGGCCAAGGAGGGAGUUGUGGCUGCUGCUGAGAAAACCAAACAGGGUGUGGCAGAAGCAGCAGGAAAGACAAAAGAGGGUGUUCUCUAUGUAGGCUCCAAAACCAAGGAGGGAGUGGUGCACGGUGUGGCAACAGUGGCUGAGAAGACCAAAGAGCAAGUGACAAAUGUUGGAGGAGCGGUGGUGACGGGUGUGACAGCAGUAGCCCAGAAGACAGUGGAGGGAGCAGGGAGCAUUGCAGCAGCCACUGGCUUCGUCAAAAAGGACCAGUUGGGCAAGAAUGAAGAAGGAACCCCACAGGAAGGAAUUCUACAAGAUAUGCCUGUGGAUCCUGACAAUGAGGCUUAUGAAAUGCCUUCUGAGGAAGGGUAUCAAGACUACGAACCUGAAGCCUAAGAAAUAUCUUUGCUCCCAGUUUCUUGAGAUCUGCUGACAGACGUUCCAUCUUGUACAAGUGCUCAGUUCCAAUGUGCCCAGUCAUGACAUUUCUCAAAGUUUUUACAGUGUAUUUUGAAGUCUUCCAUCAGCAGUGAUUGAAGUAUCUGUACCUGCCCCCACUCAGCAUUUCGGUGCUUCCCUUUCACUGAAGUGAAUACAUGGUAGCAGGGUCUUUGUGUGCUGUGGAUUUUGUGGCUUCAAUCUAUGAUGUUAAAACAAAUUAAAAACACCUAAGUGACUACCACUUAUUUCUAAAUCCUCACUAUUUUUUUGUUGCUGUUGUUCAGAAGUUGUUAGUGAUUUGCUAUCGUAUAUUAUAAGAUUUUUAGGUGUCUUUUAAUGAUACUGUCUAAGAAUAAUGAUGUAUUGUGAAAUUUGUUAAUAUAUAUAAUACUUAAAAAUAUGUGAGCAUGAAACUAUGCACCUAUAAAUACUAUGAAAUUUUACCGUUUUGUGAUGUGUUUUAUUAACUUGUGUUUGUAUAUAAAUGGUGAGAAUUAAAAUAAAAUGUCGUCUCAUUGCAAAAAAA